AUGAGAAUCAACCAAGUGCUCCCAAUUCUUUCACUCGUUGGUUUGACAGUUGGCUGCAAUCAUCAGCACGACGAUAAGAAAUGGACAGCUGAAGAGUUAGCCGAGCUGGAGGCAAAAUGGGGCUUCGACUGGGCCUUCGGUGGCAUUGGAACAUUCGCGCACCUCAAUCAUGUCAAAUGCCUUACAGAGCCAACCGAACCUUAUGACAUCGCCAUUAUUGGCGCUCCAUUUGACACCGCUGUGACGUAUCGACCUGGCGCACGAUUUGGUCCACGAAGCAUUCGUCACGCCUCAGGGCGUCAGCACUCCCUCCGCGGCUACAAUCCUAGAGCAGACAUCAAUCCAUAUCAAAACUGGGCUAAGAUUGUAGAUUGCGGGGAUAUCCCUAUAACACCCAUCGAUAAUGAGAUCGCCCAGAAGCAGAUGACGCAGGCGCUGGCGCAAUUGGGAAUGCGCAGAACUGUAUCGUCUAUAUCCUCCAAGCCAAAACUUUUUACGCUCGGUGGCGACCAUAGCUUGACUUUGCCUGCACUUCGAGCAUUGAAGAAGGUGUAUGGAGAUCGCGAGAUCCAAGUGCUUCAUUUCGAUGCACAUCUUGACACAUGGAACCCUCACGCAUACCCCUCUUACUGGGGUACAACACCUUUCAACCAUGGAUCCAUGUUCUGGCUAGCCAACCAAGAAGGCCUACUCUCCAACUCAUCAUCCCAUCCUUCCGUACACGCAGGCUUGCGAACACGACUCACUGGUAUAGAAGACAACGAAGACGAUACUGCGCAGAACUGGAUCCGGUUCUCAGCUGAUGACAUCGACAAGAUUGGCACUCAAGGUAUAAUCGAUGGCAUAAUGAAGACUCUAGGCACCGAGAACCUGGUGUAUCUCUCGGUGGAUAUUGACGUUCUCGACCCAGCCUUUGCGCCCGGAACAGGCACGCCAGAGCCAGGUGGUUGGUCUACGAGAGAGUUUAUAAAUAUCCUUAGGGGCAUCGAGGGUUUGAACUUGGUUGGCGCUGAUGUCGUGGAGGUUUCGCCUAUCUAUCAGGGGGCAGGUGAAGAGACGACAUUCGCAGCUGCGCAAGUCGUAUACGAGAUCUUGACGUCUAUGGUCAAGAGAGGAUUACAGGAUCUAGGAAGGUCGGACAAGGCUAGUAAGGAUGAGCUAUGA